AGAAGUGAGAAGAUGCUCAACUUCACAGAUGUGACAGAAUUUGUCCUUUUGGGCUUAACCAGCCAAAAGGAACUGCAAGUUCUCUUAUUUGUCAUUUUUCUCUUGGUCUAUAUUGUCACUAUGGUGGGCAACAUUGGCAUGAUGAUAUUAAUUAAAAUCAGUCCACAACUUAGCAGCCCAAUGUAUUUUUUCCUCAGCCAUUUGUCAUUUAUUGAUGUGUGGUUUUCUUCCAACGUCACUCCUAAAAUGCUGGAAAACUUGCUGUCAAAGACAAAAACAAUAUCCUAUGCUGGCUGUUUGGUACAGUGCUUCUUCUUCAUUGCCCUUGUGCACGUGGAAAUCUUCAUUCUUUCUGUGAUGGCCUUUGAUAGGUACAUGGCAAUUGGGAAGCCCCUGCUCUAUGGCAGCAAAAUGUCAAGGGUGGUCUGCAUUCGGCUCAUUUCUUUUCCCUACAUAUAUGGGUUUCUGACUAGUCUGGCUGCAACAUUAUGGACUUAUGGCUUGUACUUCUGUGGGAAAACGGAGAUCAAUCACUUCUACUGUGCAGAUCCACCUCUCAUCAAGAUGGCCUGUGCAGGGACUUUUGUGAAAGAGUAUACAAUGCUCUUCCUUGCAGGCAUUAACUUUACAUAUUCCUUGAUUGUUGUCAUCAUCUCCUACCUGUUCAUUCUCAUUGCCAUUCUCCGAAUGCGCUCAGCAGAAGGCAGGCGCAAGGCGUUUUCUACCUGUGGGUCUCACCUCACAGCAGUUGGCAUAUUUUAUGGUACUCUCAUUUUCAUGUAUCUCCGACGACCCACUGAAGAGUCAGUGGAACAAGGAAAGAUGGUGGCUGUGUUCUAUACCACAGUGAUCCCCAUGUUGAAUCCCAUGAUCUACAGUCUGAGGAACAAGGAUGUCAAGGAAGCCAUGGACAAAGUGAUUAGCAGGAAGUUCUUAACAAAAUAA